AUGGUACCUGAUAUUCUUGUGGCAGAAAUCGCCCUACAGAUUAUCAACCAUGUCAUCGACUACAACCCUCGUCGACUAGAGCGACAUCACAAGGAACUGGAAUCGCAAUCGGCCUCAACGUUGGUUGCGCUGGCUUGUACUUCUCGCAUGCUCAGCGAAAUCGCGGUUAGAAUUAUCUGGGAGACCAUACCACAUCUGGGGGUGGUCAUGGCGCUCUUGCCAGAAGACUCUCGAAGGAUCAAUUCAGAGCGCUAUUACAGGCGCCCUAACGAUCCCUUUGCUUGUUGGGAUACGAAAUAUACUUUGGGGCUAACGAGACCUCUCGAGACGAAUGACCUUGUCCGCGUUAUGUACUAUACGCCCUUCAUCAGGGAGAUUGGGUCAUUCGGGGCGCCAUUGGUCUCAGGCCGCUCAUUUGGUCUUACACUGGGCUUAUUCUCUGGGAUCAACGUUGAAGGCAUUCUCUCAGCGAUGCAACAAGCUGCUUCUCCUUCGGUUCCCCUCUUCCCGAACGUCACGACCAUCCUCUGCCACGCCAAUGCCCUGCACCCGAUGUCACAUAACAUCCAAUCACUCAAUCCUUCCGCAUUCCACACCCUCGACGCUCGGAUCGAGUGGGAUCUGGCAUCGCUGCUGUUGUCGAACGAAGCUAUUGUCAAGUUCAACUCGAAAUUCUGCGUACGUUCGCUCAACCUGCUGUGCAGGGGAGAUAAUAUCCCAGUGGGGGAGGUGCCGACGCUGAGACCUAUCCAAGACCUUCUCCUCAGUUUUAACUCUCUGGUCGAACUCAACACCGGCAGAAUCCCCAUAUCCACCAGCGUCAUCAACCACUGGGCGCGACUCACCACUCUGCGUCGCUUGGAGAUGUGGCUGGCCCAGGAUUGGCAAAUCUCGGAGCUCAAUGAAAGCCAACUCAGCGACCCCCGGGGCUCUUCGACUUCGGUUCGCCCAGCUGAUGGAAACGGGCAACCCUCCUUUCCCGCAUUGGAGACGCUUGUCCUGCGCACGUUCUCCCUCGUCGACGCUGGUAGACUUCUGAUUCCGCUAACCGCUACGUCGCCGCUGCGUACCCUCCAAGCGGAACUUUAUCUUCUGUCAGAUCCCCGCGAUCCCCCCGAGAUAGAGCCUUUCGUGGAAACUCUUUCGCUUGGGCCCAGUCCACCUCAUCCAAUUCUCGAAAAUCUAUCAGUCACGAUCGAGAACCACUACGCAUACCCUCACGUUCACAUUUGGGAAGACGGAAUUCUCCCUUUUAAUAUGACGCCAGCGACGUUGAAGUAUCUUUACCAACUCAAAGGACUUCGUAAGCUCGUCAUUUCUCCUGCAGAAGAGGCCGGCGACCUUCGCCAUAUUAUGGACAACAUCGAGGAAUGUCGUGGGUACUGGCCGGAUUUAGAAUAUGUACUUAUUGGACAAUGA